GUGUACCAGACACAAGAUUGUACACCAGAACAGGGGGAUACAGGCUUCAUCAAACCUUAUAUAGGAAGAAACAGUAUCCAGGAUACACAGGCAGUCGAUCAUGGCUAUGUCUGCUGAAGCUUAUCAAGAAUUGGAAACAGCCACUUGCCUCCUGAGUGGGUCCUCAUCUCUUGCCUCUCGACUAGGCCGUGUGUGCUUAGCUGUACUCUUUUGUGCUCGGUUUGGAAUUUUAAUAGUUGGAUAUCGGACAGUAUGGGAGGAGGAAGAGAAGAACUUCCAUUGUAACACCUCAAACCUCCUGUGUAGGCCAAUCUGCUUUGAUGAGUUCUCCCCAAUCUCCUCAUUCAACAUUUUCUCUUUACAUCUGGUGGUACUGCUUACUCACUCUAUGUGUGUAAUCUACUUCAGUAGCUCAGCCUACCAAGUAAAGGAAGGAUGGCUGCAUUCUCAACUCAGGAGAAAGUCUGUUCAAACGAAAUUACACAUAAUCGUGCUGAUAAGCAGGAUACUUAUUGAGGGCCUUUUCAUUUUUACCUUCUAUAAAGUAACAGAUGGAUUUGCGCACAGGAGGACAACGCGGUGCGAAACAACACUCUGUGAACCGUUUGUCAUCUGCACAGAUUUAAAUGCAUUUCUUAAGAAUAUCCUUAGCUUGUGCCACUGUGCAGCCUCUGCAGCCAGUGCCAUGAUCUGCUUCAAGGAGUUACUAACCUGCCUGCCGGCUGUCCAGAACGUAAAGAGGCCCCUAGCUGGUCAGUCACAAACCAAGAAGCUGCACUUCUAGCAAUGUUAAAUGAGAAAUGAAGCCAUUUUUUUUAGUUUUGG